UUAUUUAUUUGGUUUAUUUAUUAUUAUUUUUUAAAUCUUUUUCUGACUGUGGAAUAUAAAUAAAGCAGCUUUAUUUUCUUAACAUCCUUUAAAGCUUUCAUAGCUCGAUUGCUGUUUUUAGAGGCUUGUUUUAUUUUUCAAUUGGCAGAUUUAGAGUUAGUUUGGAAAGUCUUUUCUUGUGUGUUGUUUCUGUCCUAGAUACACACUGAACCCUGGACAAACUGAAAUAGAUCAAAGUUUUUCUUUUGUCAACCUAUUCUUGUGAUGAGGAUUUCCUUCUUUCAACAAUUCACUACCGCAAUGUUUCAGAUCAUUUUUCCUAAUGAUAUAGCAAUUUUCUAAUGACUCCCCUGUAAGAAAACCGUUACAUUGUCUAGGUGGUAAAGAGUAUUUAAUCCACCUCCCCAACCUUCAGUUUCUAAUCCUGUCACUCUUAAGACCCCAGGUUAGUGGAAGCUAUUAUGUCCGCCACUUUGUCCUUAUCUAAAAUCUCAUGAUGUAUAUUCUACACUUCCUUUGUGGGUAAGCUUUAAGACAAGGUAUGACUGAAGUCAUCAGUAUGCAUGCUGGCAUAUAAAAGAAAAACAUGAACUGUGUAUCUAUUAAUUGUCCUAUGCAUAACACGUUUGCUUUUGGUGAUAGAUAGAUAGAUAGAUAGAUAGAUAGAUAGAUAGAUAGAUAGAUAGAUAGAUAGAUAGAUAGAUAGAUAGAUAGAUAGAUAGAUAGAUAGAUAGAUAGAUAGAUACUGCGUUUUUAUUAUGGAUUUAAUAAUAUAUGAAUCAUAAUCUAUACAAUAUCCAAAAAUGAAUGUAAUGCAGAUCAUUUGACCUUAUAUUCUUUGUCAGGAACUUUCUCUAACGCCCAAUCCAUCGUCAUGAGAACAGCUCGUGUCGUCACAGCUCAGGUCUAUAAAACUCCCCCGAUUCACUCACCUGGUUAGACAAACACCUCCCUAAUCUUCAGCUGAGAGCACACAACUUUUGUUAUUGUUAGUAUUUUUAAAGCCGGUUAGUGGCUUAAUCGAGUGAGAUUUUUUUUUAACUUAAAACUGAUGAAAGACAACUUUUAUGAAUCUUGCAAAUUUUUCCUAUUUUACGGGCAUGUGCAACAUGACGGCAGAGUCGCAUCCCUCGCCAGCUGAGGCGAGCAGUCCGUUGGAGAUGUCUCCAAACAUGAACCUGGACUCCGCUAUUCCUCAUACACCCCUCAACCACCAAACUCGACCGAAGGAUGGUGUUUUAGUCAAAUCUGAGCCAAACGCAGAAAGAGAGGAUGUGCUUUCGGUGGGUCAAACCGAGGAACAUAUGCCCUCCACUGGGACCAGACGAAGAAAAAGGCCGGUACAGCGAGGAAAACCACCAUACAGUUACAUCGCCCUGAUAGCAAUGGCCAUCGCCAAUUCACCCGAAAGAAAACUCACCCUGGGUGGCAUCUAUAAGUUUAUCAUGGAGCGUUUUCCGUUUUACCGCGAGAACUCUAAAAAGUGGCAAAACUCAAUACGGCACAAUCUUACCCUCAACGACUGCUUUGUGAAGAUUCCUCGAGAGCCCGGUAGGCCCGGUAAAGGAAACUACUGGACGCUCGACCCCGCCGCCGAGGACAUGUUUGAUAACGGGAGUUUUUUACGGAGGAGAAAAAGGUUUAAGCGGACUGAUGUGAGCACGUACCCUGGGUACAUGCAAAGCUCCAGCGCUUUUACAUCCACACCUAUGAGUAGACAGGCGUACCCCAACACACUGUAUCCCAGUAUGACGUCAGGCUACGGGUCUCAAUUGACAGGAUCCUCGCACCCAGCAAUGCUGCAUCAUUAUCAGACGUCGGCGCAAGGUCAGAAUAGGAUGUUCAGCAUCGAUAAUAUUAUCAGUCAGCAGACAGUCAUGCAAAGCGCACCGGGAGACCUCAAUAUGCAGUCGCUCGGCCUCGGUGCGGGAGACAUGGGUACCAUGUCAUCCAGCUGUUCCGUAUCUACCUCUGACCUUACAUGCUUUCAGACACAACCGAUAAAUCCCACAACCAACAUGCUAAGCAGGAACACCGGAUCGCUUGCUUCGAAUAUGACGACCAGCUACGCGUACCCAUCAUCAGCAUCACCUACCCACCUGUCCGGGGUCACGCAAUCCAGCUUCUCUCCGGGUGGUUCACAGGUGUUUUGUACAGGGAACAGAAUUGCGCUGCCGGCUGUGCGCUCUGGGUCGUGCGCCGAGCACACAGAACCCCUGUUAGGUCUCUCUGGAUCAGCAAUGAACUCUUAUAAUAAUUCAUAUAUGAGACAAGCAAAUUUUGCUCCUGGACUAGAGCGAUACAUGUGAAGACCAAAACAGCAAAUUGCGCACCAUGUCAACUUUAGAUCUAUUACUGUCCUGACUAACAAACUUUGUUUUUUUUUUAAGUUUACACCACACUGCUUUCGCUCAGGCUCCGUAAAUGAGUGUCAUAAUCUUGACAAAUGUUAGUUUGCCUAACAGAAGUUGACUGCAUGUAGAAAAGAUAACACUAAGUUGAAUGUUUAUGUAGUCCUGUUUGUUAGUUAAUAAAAAUUACAUUGUUACGUUAAAACUUAGUCGGAACUAUAUUGUUCGAGGUAAAUUUAACCAAAUAAAUGUUUUCCGUAUUAUUUUUGUUGCCAUCUUUUAAAAAAUAACUUGAAAAUGUUCACUGUAGAAAAACUAAAUGUGAAACACUAACAAUAAUUUUUAUAUAUAUUAUAUUAUCUGUCCUUCUGUCUAAAUAAUUAAACAUCGCUAAUUUUUUUAAAACAAUGUCUUAGAGAUCUGUAGUGUGAUUGUAACAGCAUUUAUUUUAUUAUUUUGUAUCGAUGUAAUGACUUAUGUUCAAAAACUUUUAUGGGCUUGAUACUUGGACUUCUCCGUUAUUUUUAAAGGUCUUUAAAAAUAAAGACCUUUAAAAAGCUACGCUAUUCAAAUAUUUCUUUUUGAUAAGGGGUGAAUGAAUAUUUCCUACCCAGCCCAAAAAAUAACAAUAAUAAAGUGUGACCUAGUCUGUGAAAACCUAUCUAAAGUCAUUUACUGUUUUCUUGCAUGAAGUCAUCCCCAAUUUGGUUAAUAACAUUCUGUGAAAAUAUAACCUGAUAUGUUU